AUGCAGUUGCGAUGGGACUACCCGAACCCGAAUGAGUACAUUAUAGGAGCUUGGGAGCCAAAGACGUCAAAUCACAACUUCUGUGAAGAGGACUACAUCAUCACACCGUACAUUGGCGAGUUCAUCAAUACCCUCACAAACAUUACCUACGUCAUCUACGGCCUCUAUGGUCUCCGCCGCGUCGCACCUAAACCAGAUGGCGGACUAAUCUCAACCCUCGCAUUCCCCUACUGGGGUCUAAUCGGCGUAGGUGUCCUAUCAGCCUGGUUCCACGCGACCCUAAAAUACCACUCGCAAAUGGGCGACGACCUAUCCAUGUUCUUGGCUGUAGGUGCCAUCUUGCACCAACUCCUCUGUUUCGGCGCCACGCAAUCCGAGCGCCGGAAAUACACCUUCUACAUACUCGGCAGCCUAAUCCCCAUCUCCAUCUACCACGUCUGGGCCGACGAAAUCAUCAUGCAUGAAAUCGCCUUUGCCGUCAUGAUCUUCCUUGUUAGUAAGCAGACGCGCGCACUGAUUAAGAAGCAAGUCAAGAACGAGGAGAGCAGGAAGAAGUUGGGCAGAAUGGCUACGUUUGGGAUUUCGACCGGGCUUUUCGGAUACUUCCUUUGGAAUAUCGAUUUCCAUCUUUGCGCCUAUGUUACGCAGUUCAAGCGCUAUGUUGGGCUGCCUUGGGGGUUCCUGUUCGAGCUGCACGGGUGGUGGCACAUUUUGACUGCUAUUGGUGCGUAUGUGGGUAUGGCGUUGGUGGAGUAUCUGGUUACUAUUGAGGAAGGCAAGUCUGGAAAACUCGAGGAGGGAUUUGUGUGGCCUGUUAGGGCUGUGCUGAGGGAUUUGGACGGUGUUGAGCGAAAGGGUGUGGAGAGCAAGAAGACGAUGUGA